GAAUACUGAGGACUCAUGCCAAUGAAAUUAGCAAUGGAGGAGAGAGUGCAAGGGGGGGUAGACCUGGCCAAGGAAUGCUGCUUGGGAAGCUGAGGAGGCUGGAGGUAAGGGUUUGCUUGGGAGGAGAACAAUAGUUCCUAGUUACAGGAAAGAGAACAUCUGGCCCAGAGAAGGUGGGGCUUAUAGAAGAAACCGGGCUGAGAGGCCCAUGGACUGCUGGGCAGACCCACCUCUUUGCUGGUGGUGGAUUUUUCUGCACAAGCUCUCUUUCUCCCCCUUCCGCCAGCCCCAGCUUUCCCCAACUCCAACCCUGACCUACAGAGCAGAGUCUGAUUUGGAGCCUGGAAAACAAAGCCAUGUAAGGUCUGUGGAAAUUGCUACAGCCUGCUGAGACCGCCCCCCCAACUCUGGUGUGCCCCUCCCCCCGCCCCACCCUGCCUGCCUCCUCCUCUUCUGCAGCCUUCAGCCUAAGCAGCUGACUACCAGGAACUGCAGCCAGAGUCCCGGAGCCCCUGGUCCAGCAGCCAAGAGAGCCCCUCUCAUGCUUGCCUGAGAAUAUACAGAUUCACACUGGUAGAAUCCUGCCCCAUCUCAAGGGACAAUGAACCAGAAGACCACCCUGGUGCUCCUCGCUCUGGCCAUCAUCACCAUCUUUGCCUUGGUUUGUGUCCUACUAGCUGGCAGGGGUGGAGAUGGGACUGAACCUAGCCAACUUUCCCAUUGCCCCUCUGUAUCUCCAAGUGCCCAGCCCUGGACACACCCUGCCCAGAGCCAGCUGUUUGCAGACCUGAGCCCAGAGGAGCUGACAGCUGUGAUGAGUUUUCUGGCCCAGAAGCUGGGGCCAGGGCUGGUGGAUGCAGCCCAGGCUCGCCCCUCAGACAACUGUGUCUUCUCAGUGGAGCUGCAGCUGCCCCCCAAGGCUGCAGCCUUGACCCACUUGGACAGAGGGGGCCCACCACCUGCCCGAGAAGCGCUGGCCAUCAUCUUCUUUGGCGGACAACCCCAGCCCAAUGUGAGUGAACUGGUGGUGGGGCCACUGCCUCACCCCUCCUACAUGCGGGAUGUGACUGUGGAGCGUCAUGGGGGCCCCCUGCCCUACCACCGACGCCCUGUGCUGAUCCGAGAAUACCUGGACAUAGACCAGAUGAUCUUCAACAGAGAACUGCCCCUGGCUGAGGGACUCCUUCACCACUGCUGCUUCUACAAAAUCCAGAGAAAAAACUUGAUGACAAUGACCACAGCCCCCCGUGGUCUACAAUCAGGGGACCGGGCCACCUGGUUUGGCCUCUACUACAACCUCUCAGGGGCUGGGUUUUUCCUGCACCCUGUGGGGUUGGAGCUGCUGGUGGACCACAAGGCUCUGGACCCUGCCCACUGGACCAUCCAGAAGGUAUUCUAUCAAGGCCGCUACUAUGAGAGUCUGACCCAGCUAGAGGACCAAUUUGAGGCUGGCCUGGUGAAUGUGGUGGUAAUCCCAGACAAUGGCACAGGUGGGUCCUGGUCCCUGAAGUCCCCAGUGCCCCCUGGUCCGGCUCCCCCUCUGCAGUUCCAUCCCCAGGGUCCCCGCUUCAGUGUCCAGGGGAAUCAAGUGGCCUCCUCAAUGUGGACUUUCUCCUUUGGCCUUGGAGCUUUCAGUGGYCCGAGGAUCUUUGACAUCCGUUUCCAAGGGGAGAGGGUGGCCUAUGAAGUCAGCGUCCAGGAGGCCUUGACUAUCUAUGGUGGAAAUUCUCCUGCUGCUCUGCGAAGCCGCUACACAGAUGGUGGCUUUGGCCUAGGCCACUUCUCUUCACCCUUGACUCGAGGGGUGGACUGCCCCUACCUGGCCACAUAUGUGGACUGGCACUUCCUUUUGGAGUCCCAGACCCCCAAGACAAUACAUGAUGCCUUUUGUGUGUUUGAACAGAAUCAGGGCCUCCCCCUGCGGCGACACCACUCAGAUUUCAACUCCUACUAUUUUGGGGGCCUUGCGGAGACAGUGCUGGUCUUCAGAUCUGUUUCUACCUUACUCAACUAUGACUAUGUGUGGGAUAUGAUCUUCCAUCCCAACGGGGCCAUAGAAGUCAAAGUCCAUGCCACAGGCUACAUCAGCUCUUCGUUCCUCUUUGGUGCUGCCCAAAAGUACGGGAACCGAGUUGGGGAACACACGCUAGGCACGGUUCACACCCACAGUGCCCACUUCAAGGUGGAUCUGGAUGUGGCAGGACUGAAGAACUGGGUCUGGGCUGAAGACAUGGCCUUUGUCCCCAYGACUGUGCCCUGGCACCCUGAACRCCAGGUACAGAGAAUGCAGGUGACCCGAAAGCUGCUGGAAACAGAGGAGCAGGCUGCUUUCCCCCUGGGAGGGGCCACUCCCCGCUACCUGUACCUGGCCAGCAACCACARCAACAAGUGGGGUCACCCACGAGGCUACCGCAUCCAGAUACUUAGUUUUGCGGGGGAGCCACUGCCCCAGAACAGCUCCAUGGAGAGAGCCUUCAGUUGGGAGAGGUACCAUCUGGCUGUGACCCAGCGGAAGGAGGAGGAGCCCAGUAGCAGCAGCAUCUUUAAUCAAAAUGACCCUUGGGCCCCCACUGUGGAUUUCAAUGAUUUCAUCAACAAUGAGACCAUUGCUGGAGAGGACUUGGUGGCCUGGGUGACAGCUGGUUUUCUGCACAUCCCACAUGCAGAGGAUAUUCCCAACACGGUGACUGUGGGGAAUGGAGUGGGCUUCUUCCUCCGACCCUACAACUUCUUUGAUGAGGACCCUUCCUUCUACUCUGCUGACUCCGUCUACUUCCGGGAGGACCAGGAUGCUGGGGACUGUGGGAUCAACCCCCUGGCUUGCCUGUCCCAAGCUGCUGCCUGUGCCCCUGACCUCCCUGCCUUCUCCCAUGGGGGCUUCUCUUACAACUAGUUGGUUCCUGGGAUGGCCAAUCUGACCAGAGGCUGAGUCAGGUUAGGAUGGCUGGGGCAGCAACUGGACACUGGGCAGGGCAGCCUGUUUCCCUCUUCUCCUUCCUUAUACCUCUGAUGUCUCUGUCAAGGUCCUCUCUCUUCCACUGUCCUCCUUUGCCUCCUCCUCCUGGAGCAUUCUGAUCCUGAGAUGCCUGACAUAAGAACACUGGGCUUGGUUGGUCCCAGCUGUGCUGAGUUCCUACCUUAGGGAGAGGAGGAAUGACCCAGCCAGGGGGCUGGAGUAAUAGCUAUGCUUUUCUUCAAAUGCUUCUCUCUUUAAAAAAAAUCUUUUAUUUCCAAAUAUUUAGAUGAUUUCCAAGGACUCUGCAAUGGAAAUAAUUCCCUAGAGAUCCCAGGGCAGGGUGCCCAUCAGUCCUGCAUGUCCACAGAUGAACUAGAAGGGACCCUUUGCCCACAUUCCCUCUAUCCAAGUCCCUUCCUUCUCUCAUCCUUACCCCCUCUUACCCACUGCCUCCUUCUUGAGUGCCUGCCUGCUUUUGUGUUCUGGAAUUUCCCCUCAAGUCCUGAGUGCUUGUCCCUCUAUCCUAGCCCCCAUGUUUUCCAGUCCUCAUUUCUCAACUACAGUCUCUUCUGGUCCUGAGAUUAUGGAAGUCUCAAAGAUGCAAUGGGACAAAUCAUUGAAGAGGAUAAUCCCUGUCUGUCACAUAUCAGGAGUAGGAGUUGCCCCCACUUCUGAUCUGGAGCAGGAUGUGUUUCUGGAAAGUUCUCUCUGCCCAUUUCAUCUGCUGGCCCUGUACUCUCUUGAUGAGAAUGUUCAUAGUGUGAGCAGCAACUCAACCUAGCAUUGCAGGUGGUUUUG